AUGAAGGUCUCAGUCUUGUCUGCCAUCGCCAUCUCUUUUGGGAAGUCAGUAGUUGCCCACCCAGCCGACAUUGUACAGAGGGAUGUUGCGGGCACCGCCGUUGUCAACUUAGCUCAGAGGCAGGGCGAGACCAAGUUUCUCGGCUCCGGCUUCAUCUACGGCUUCCCGGACAACAAUGACAGUGCCGACACCUCAAUUCCGGAGCAUUUUCUCAAAGACAUCAAGUUUCGGACCUGCCGUGGCGGGGGGUCACAGAUUUCCUAUGAGGGAUGGGCCACUGGGGGGUUGGAACAGUAUCGGGGCCGAUUCGCGUCCAUGCUGUCUAACUACCGUUCCACCAUCAACUAUGGUGGAGAUGGAUACCUACUGAUGCCGUCUGAUCUUUGGGGUGCCCAGGGCGGUGCCCCCGCAGGUUUCCCUUUUCCUGGCGAUAAUGGAGAUUGGUCCGAGAUGGAGAAGUUCCUACGUCAAAUCAUCGCUGACGUCAAAGAGCAUAACAUGAUUGACGGCGUGGUGUUUGACCUGUGGAAUGAACCUGAUCUUGAUACUUUCUGGGAUCGUCCGUGGUCUCAGUAUGUUGAAUACUUUGUACGCGCUACUCAACUUCUAAGAGCCGAAUAUCCCGAGGUCAAAAUCAGUGGCCCAUCCUCGGCGCACUCGCCACAUGUAGACAGUGAGAACUGGCGCGCUUGGCUCUCCGGCGUAAAGGCAGGCAACGCUGUGCCCGAUAUCUACUCCUGGCACCAAAUUGGUGCUUGGGAGAGAGAGCCUGAUACGACUGUCCCAGCCCUCAAAAGCCUUCUUGCCGAGUACAACCUCCCGGAGAGACCGAUCGACGUCAACGAGUACGCGUGGCCCGACGAACAGAACCCUGCCAACUCGGCGUACUAUCUCGCCCAGCUCGAGCGUCACGACAUUCGUGGCUUGCGCGCCAACUGGGGUGGAGGUCCUACACUUCAUAACUACAUGGGCUAUUUGAUCUGGGAUAAUGGAAAUGGCUAUUUCCCCAAUGGAGAGUGGCAGUUGUACAAGUACUACGGAAAUAUGGAGGGAGAGCGCGUUGUCACGUCGGCAGCUGCUGAUCUCAAGUUUGACGCGUUUGCCGUUAAAACCUCUGAUCGUCUCAAGAUUCUUGCGGGCACUAGGACUGUCCAGGCCCGUUAUGAUAUCAAGGUUACAGGACUGGAUCAACUCGGACUUCCAGCUGCGGGCUCCGUCACCGUCCAAAGGUACCAAUUCGAUUGGGCUGGAAAGGAUGUUUAUAUUCACGAUAAGCUAGAUGUCGGAACGUAUAUCUACCAAUACUCUGGCAACGAGUUCACCAUCCCCCAUGAUCCACCAACAAACUCUACGGCUUUUGCUUACGAGAUCAUUCUCGCAUAA